GUUCUGUUGAGUAUGGCGAAGAUAAAGCCAAGGCUUCCGCCCUUGCCCAAGAUGGCGUACAGGCAUCCUUCUUAACUUCCACUUGUUUUGGUGGCGUCUGACGUUGCAGCUGGUAGUGGGUGGAGCUGUUAACAAACCGCAAAUGUAGGGUCCUCUGAGCGGGAGUCAGCCAUGGACUGGAAAGACGUGCUUCGUCGGCGGUUAGCGUCGCCCAACUCGGAUCCAAAGAGGAAAAAAAGCGAACAAGAAUUAAAAGAUGAAGAAAUGGAUUUGUUUACCAAAUACUACUCAGAAUGGAAAGGAGGUAGAAAAAACACAAAUGAAUUCUAUAAGACCAUUCCCCGGUUUUAUUACAGGUUGCCAGCUGAAGAUGAAGUCUUACUACAGAAAUUAAGAGAGGAAUCUAGAGCUGUCUUUCUACAGAGGAAAAGCAGAGAACUCUUAGAUAAUGAAGAAUUACAGAACUUAUGGUUUUUGUUGGAUAAACACCAGAUACCACCUAUGAUUGGAGAGGAAGCAAUGAUCAAUUAUGAAAAUUUUUUGAAGGUUGGUGAAAAGGCUGGACCAAAGUGCAAGCAAUUUUUUACUGCAAAAGUCUUUGCCAAACUCCUCCAUACAGAUUCAUAUGGGAGAGUUUCCAUCAUGCAAUUCUUUAACUACGUCAUGCGAAAAGUUUGGCUACAUCAGACAAGAAUAGGACUCAGUUUAUAUGAUGUUGCUGGACAAGGAUACCUUCGGGAAUCGGACUUAGAGAACUACAUCCUGGAGCUCAUCCCCACCUUGCCACAGUUAGAUGGCUUGGAAAAAUCCUUUUACUCCUUCUAUGUUUGUACAGCAGUUAGGAAGUUCUUCUUCUUCUUGGACCCUCUAAGGACAGGGAAAAUCAAAAUUCAAGAUAUUUUAGCAUGCAGCUUCCUGGAUGAUUUACUGGAGCUAAGAGAUGAGGAAUUGUCCAAAGAAAGUCAAGAAACGAAUUGGUUUUCUGCUCCUUCUGCCCUGAGGGUCUAUGGUCAGUAUUUGAAUCUUGAUAAAGAUCAUAAUGGCAUGCUAAGUAAAGAAGAGCUCUCCAGAUACGGAACAGCCACCAUGACCAAUGUCUUCCUAGACCGAGUUUUCCAGGAGUGUCUCACUUACGAUGGAGAGAUGGACUAUAAGACCUACCUGGACUUUGUUCUCGCCUUAGAAAACAGAAAGGAGCCCGCGGCUCUGCAGUAUAUUUUCAAACUGCUGGACAUCGAGAACAAGGGGUACCUGAAUGUCUUUUCCCUUAAUUAUUUCUUUAGGGCCAUACAAGAACUAAUGAAAAUCCAUGGACAGGAUCCUGUUUCAUUUCAAGAUGUCAAGGAUGAAAUCUUUGACAUGGUCAAACCUAAGGAUCCUUUGAAAAUCUCACUUCAGGAUUUAAUCAAUAGUAAUCAAGGAGACACAGUCACUACCAUUCUAAUUGAUCUCAAUGGCUUCUGGACCUAUGAAAACAGAGAAGCCCUUGUUGCAAAUGACAACGAGAACUCUGCAGAUCUUGAUGAUACCUGAUCUCUGCAAGAAUAGACUUCCUUCAUGAGGAUGCCUGAAUGCUGCAUGCAAAACCCUGGAAGCAGAACCCCUAGAAACAUAAAUAAAACUCAUCACAUGCCUGUACA